AUGUCGGCCACCUUCAACACACACGAUGCACAGAGGGUGGGUCGCAGAGCGAAUGUAUUCCAACCACCACGAACUCGCUCAGCUUCAUCUUCGGUCCACCUUGCGCAACCAGCAAACUCGAUAAUGAUGGAAAAACACGAACCUCUCAUAGUGAACAAGAAACGAAGUCGCCAUGAUUCAACAGCGAGUAAUAAAGCCACGCCGAUCUCUCAGACCAUGGACUGGUCCAACGGCUAUCCAACCGGCGACUCUAUCGCAAUGUCAGGGAGCUUGGAUCCAGGGUCGCCGCUACCCUUUGUCAAUACGCGAUAUCAAAUAGCUGGUGGUUUGGAUACGCCGUCGGCAGCAGCGGCCAACUACUUUGAAGAAAGCGAGUUCUCGGAUACUGGCUACCGCAGGAACCUUCCCAGCGACGGCCGUGCCAAACCUCACUUCGAGGCCGAAUACCACAGUUUUGCGCGGCUGCCGUCAUCUGCGAGUAUGGAGACCAACGGAGAGGCGCGCGUGCCAUCCCUGCAACAAAGUACCAGUGGAGGCUGGAGCAAAACAGCGCUUGAUGUCGUUGGGGGUGUCGUUGGGGGUGUCGUCGGCCGAGUGUGGCAGUUCUGCAAGGCUGGGGCAUUCAGCGGAUUCACGGCGGGUGGUGGACAACAAUAUCAACUCGACCCCUAUCACACUAUCGAGACGGAACCCGACAACCAAAAUGACAGCGAGUUUUGGGAGUCGGAAAUAAGUAGGAAAACGACGCUGUUCAACGAUACAAGCGGCCGUUCAUCAACUCCCGUCCCGGGGCAAUAUCCUGAUGAGAGUAUCUGUAUUAUCGACCCUAUGGAUCGCGGAACACCUGAAGGCACUCCGGCGCGUGCGACGAAGCGGAGACAGAUCGAUGUUGGUAGUAGUGAUGCUGGUCUUGGAAAGAAUUGGGUUGUUGUCCCCAGCAAGCCAGCUUCGGCAGCACCCAAGCCGGCGGGUAGAUACAGUAUGCCCACAUCAUCGAGUGCAAGCCGCCGGCAACCAAACGGUGCAGCAUCAACAGCCAGUCGGCCGUCAACAAGGCCAGGGCAUAGACGUCCUUUGCUGCAUACCAGAGCCUCCGCGGUAUCUCAUGCUGGCUCUCCAGGCCUGCGCUCUUCCGGACCGGCGUCAUUCGCUUCCCCACGCUCGCCUGGCGGCUCAAAGAUCCCAGUUCCCGUUUCGUCAAACUCUCAAAGCGCCGCUGCCGCGAGCCCUGCAGCCAUUCAAGCACAGAAGUGGGCGGCCAAGAAGCGCAAGGAAGAUCUCGAGGCGGAUAAGAGUAUGAGCAAGCUCAAUGCGCAGCUACAGGCAAUGAUCCGAGAGGGGAAAGAGGCGCUCGGUACUACAUUUGAGGUUAAGGACGUAGACGAGGUUGGAAUGGGGGAUACCGAUAUGGAUGAGGGCUUUGAGGAGCCGGUUUCGUCGCCGUCCAAAGGGCGAUGGCGGUGA